UCUCCUCCUAAUAAGAAAUCAAAGCCUCUGUUUCUUUCCCUUCGGGUUGACCCUCGGAUCUAGCAUUUCUCCAACCAACCAAUUUUCCAAUCCCAAGCUGCAACUUUUCCGCCAUCUCCAUUCUUUAGUAAGCUUCCUCUUCCCCUUUGAUCUACGAUUUCAAGUUUUUAUUGAACUAGUUUUGUUAUUAUAUAGAUGGAUAGCGCUUAUUCCACUGUGCCCAAAAACUCAUACGUAGAAUUACAAUCCCACAAUGAUUCCCACAGCCCUGGAUCCCCUCCCAAAACCCAUGCCAAAUUACACCCUUUUGAUGAAGAAGGAGGUUUUCUACGUUCUUCCAAGAAUGUGAAUGAUAGUGAUGAUGGUAUUGAUAAUGAUCCUGAUCUUGAUUUUGAUAAUUAUCCUCUUAUCGAUGGCGGGUCUCAAUCUGGGUCUGGAAUUUCUGGGGCCGUCUUCAAUCUAACUACUUCAAUUAUUGGGGCUGGGAUUAUGGCCCUACCGGCGGCAAUGAAAGUGCUUGGAUUGAUUCCUGGAUUUGUGUUGAUAAUCCUGAUGGGCAUUUUAUCGGAAAUUAGCGUCGAGUUGUUGGUAAGGUUUUCGGUGUUGUGUAAGGCCUCGUCCUACGGUGAGGUCGUGCAAUACGCGAUGGGGAGGCCGGCAAGGGUAUUCUUGGAGAUUUGUAUAAUUGUGAACAAUGCGGGCGUGUUGGUGGUGUAUUUGAUUAUUAUGGGGGAUGUGAUGUCGGGGUCAGUUCAUCAUGUGGGAGUUUUUGAUCAGUGGCUGGGGAAUGGGAUCUGGGAUCAGAGGAAGCUGGUGAUUUUGGUUGUGGUGGUGGUGUUUCUUGCACCACUUUGUGUUUUAGAGAGGAUUGAUUCGUUGAGCUUGACUUCAGCUGCUUCUGUGGCUCUAGCCAUUGUGUUUGUUGUGGUUGCCUUUGUUAUUGCAUUUAUUAAGCUUGUUGAAGGGCAAAUCGAGGCUCCGAGGUUGGGUCCGGAUUUUGGGUCAAAGAAGGCUAUUCUGGAUUUACUUGUGGUGAUUCCUAUCAUGACAAACGCUUAUGUUUGUCAUUUCAAUGUUCAGCCUAUAUAUAACGAACUUGAAGGGCGGUCUCCUCAGAAGAUGAACCGGGUGGGGAGGAUCACUACUGCAGUUUGCAUUGUGGUCUACGCCUUUACAGCCAUAUCAGGCUACCUUUUAUUUGGGCAGGGUACCGAGUCUGAUGUGCUGACCAAUUUUGAUAAGGACCUUGGGAUUCGUUUCAGUUCGGCAUUGAACUAUAUUGUCCGGGUGGGAUACAUUCUUCAUUUAAUUCUUGUUUUCCCAGUUGUUCAUUUCUCCCUACGACAAACAGUAGACGCCUUGGUGUUUGAAGGAUCUGCUCCACUGUUAGAGAGUAGGAAGAGAUCUUUAGGUUUGACUGCAGUUUCAUUGGUAAUUGUUUACUUCGGUUCCACUAUGAUUCCCAACAUAUGGACAGCUUUCAAGUUUACGGGUGCAACAACGGCAGUAUCAUUAGGCUUUAUAUUUCCGUCUCUUAUAGCAUUAAGGUUAAGUAAGCAAGGGGGUGGUUUGAGCUCGGGCGAAAAGUUCUUGUCCUGGUUGAUGUUAAUAUUAGCCAUAGUAGUUGGGAUUGUUGGAGUGAUAGGAAAUAUUUAUAGCAUGGAAAGCCACUCCGAAUGAUUCUUUCGAUAGGAAUGUUGGGAUUAGUUUUACUGGGUAUUGAUUUGGAAAUUUUCUGCCCAUUGAUGGGGCAAGGCUUCUUUGUUUAGCGUUCCUUUAUUUCCUAUCUGAUAUGAGAAAUUAAAUGAAAUUGUGAGACUGAUGGAUCUUUGACCAGGGAGGUUUAACAAAGUACAUUACUUCAGCACGUGGUGAUUGAAAGAUCAGAGUGGUCGUUAUAUUCCAGAUACUAUGUAUUUUGACACUGCCGAAGAUCCGUGCAGGUUCAGAUAACAUGUCAGGAAUGCUACGAGGAGAAUCUUCUUGGAUGUAACCUCCACAUGUAAGUUGAGUUGUAAACUUUUCACAUGGAUUGACAUGUCAUGCUUUGCCUUAGUCCCUCCCACGUUUAUUUCUUAACUGGAGAGCCCGUUGUAAGUUGUUUUGUAACUGUAUAGUUCAGAAACAAUACUGCCGUUUUAAUGAACACGUUUACAUUAGCAAGCAUGAUUUUCCGUUCUUGGGCAAA